UGUGAACCAUGAGUUACUUUACAGUAGUCUGUCUCAUUGAGUUGGAGUUUCUUCCUUUUGCACACGAGGCAAUUCCACGAGGUUAUUCUGAGCAGACGGUACUCAAGGAGGGCAUGUUUGAGGACCUGAGCUUGUCCAACAAGCAGCUCCGGUUUGUUUUGAUAUUUUUAAUGGUAUGCUUGCUCUUGAAUUGGCGAGAGAUGGUCCGGCAGCUGCUCAAUCAGCUCAAAGUCUUGGUUGAUGAGUGCAAGAGGACCUUCCAGCCAUGGGUAAUGAAAAGGGAAACAGUUAUUGGGAAAAAGAAUUGCCAUCAAAUUUUGACAGAAGUGGGACUGAAAAAUUUAUUCGUGACAAUUACACCUGAAACGGUUCCCGCCGCAACGCGUGAGCUUAUUAUCUAGUAUAGUCGAUAAUGGUUAUUUAACUCUUCAUAUUGCUCUCUCACAUUAAAAACCGAUGAGCUUUAUUCUCCACAUUAUGUUCGUGCAAGUGGAAUCCUUGCCGGACAACAACACUCAAGUUGGUGGGCUAGUUUUUCCACUCAAAUUGGCCAACGGGACUCUACUAUUUCAGUUACUCAUCUGUCCUUAUAUAUGAGUACAUAAACUGAGUAUCCGAUGAGUUCCUAUACUU